GUCGCGAUUUGAAAAGCAACACAAUUCCCGGCGUAACAGUUAAGCUCCUCAGUAAUUUACUGGAUAUUUCGCAAGGUUUUCGACAGUCUUGCACAUUUUGACGUGUGUUUGUUGGCCCGGACGCGAUCGUGUUGUGGAGGUGCGAGUCACGCCGCGCGUGUUGCCCGUGUGACUCCUAAUGGAAUAAUGAAAUGAAUGGGGUAGACGUGCGAGUGCUGAGAGUGCCUGUAGGUUGGGCGCCGAGAAUGUUGUCUUCAGCCGUGAUUCGCGGUGGAUCUCCUCGUCACCUCCGAUAACAUCGAGCUGGCCCCAGCUGGUCCUCAGACUGUCGCCCAGACGACGUUCGCCCCCCGCAGCCAUCUGAGGUCGCGCCUCGCAAUGUCCUCUCUGCGCAAAGACGUCGCCCAAGGCUGCCGUGUGGACGACACAGUGUUCAACGUGCUCCCGGCCAAGAGAAUUAAGACGAAGCAGAAGCCUUUGGCUUUGCCACCAAGGUGGGCUUGAAGCAUUCUGCUUGAUGCUGCUCAGUUUUGGAUAAUGGUACUCUCACCGACCAAGUCUAAAAAGCCGCCUACUAGUAAGCAAGCUCCCACCAGCCGUAAUAGCGGCAACAACAGCCAAUUUGCUGCCUUAAAGUUACAAAAAGGAGCCAAGCCAUUCGGCGGGAAGCAAUUUUUCUUUGAUAUAAGAAAUCACAGUACAGCGUCAAGACUUGAGACCUCUAUCAAAAAUUACGGAGGAGUGGUCAACCCGUUUAUACAUAAAGAAGUAGACCUUGUCAUCACUGACCGAGCAGAAUGGGGAGGAGGUGUGCAGAGUGGAGUGGCUGGGAGUCCUCUCUAUGCUGGUCGAACCCCUAGGCCAUCCCCCUCUCCAUCUCCCUUACCACAUCUAUUCUCACCUGCUGCAUCCCCAGCUGGCAAUAGCAGAGGGUCCAAUUUCUCUCCUGCCACCCUUGAUUCACCUGGUGAAUCCGUUGGUGGAGGAAGACGUCAACCUAAGUCUCGUGCUGAGGCUAUGCUGGAGCGAGUUCGCUCCCAGCCUCAAUUUAUUACCAGAGAUCCUUUAGUUGAUGCUCAAAACUGGGGUAUUACUAUCUGGCCUGUUGAAAAGAUUAGUAAACUUCUGCAGAAAAUCGCACAAACCUACAAGAAAGUGUGUGUUGAUAAUUCACCAGUUCCCACAAAGCGUAAAUCUGACACAGGUUUUAAUAAAGUUAAGCUACGCACAGGGAAAUUUUUUAUUAAGAUUGAAGCCACAGACAGGCAACAUCGGCCUUCAUACAAAGACCUUCCUUGCUGGCCCUCGAUAAACCUAGACUCAGAGCCAGGAACGUCUCCCUUUGUUCUUAAGCCUACCACCUCAACAGUUUGCAAAAAUCAGAUUAAACCUGAGGUUAAGGUCAGUAAAGAUAAAAAAGAGGCAUCUGUCACAACCCAAUGCAAAGGACUCAAGCUAGGGCUGAGACGAUCUCCAAGAAAGAAGAAUUCACCAUCAAAGCCACUAUCCCCUCUUAAAAGGAAUGCUUGUGGUGCUCAUCCAUCUAGGAAGGGCAGUAAUUUUGUGUUUCAAGAUAGUGAAAGUGUUAACUUAGUGCCUCCGAGACCGCCAUCCAAAAGGCACCCUGAAAGAUCUUUAUUCCCUGAGGUUAAGAAAGAGACUGAUUUGUAUGAGCCCUUGCCUGGAUAUUGUGAAAUUUGUAAAGUUGAUUAUCAAGAUUUGAGGAGGCAUUGUUUGACCCAGGCCCAUAAAGAAUAUUCUUUGAAUGUUGAAAACUAUGCCCAACUUGACAGCCGCAUUAAUUCACAAUCUCUGAAUUUAGAGGCAUUUUAUAAUUCUCUAGUUCCAGUGAAUACCAGGAGCAGCAAGCCUGAGGAAAAGAUAGCCCCCUUGGCCAAGGAAGGUGACGAUGCAGACGCAAAUGGGACUGCAACCAUCAUGAGACAACCAGUCGAUGACAGGAAUUUACCUUCCAAAAUGGUUGGACGCAAGGAAGCCCUCGAGGUGCAGUGUAAUGGCAUAUCAAAUCAUGUCCAGACUCGCUUCACCUGCAACAAAGGUGAUCGGGAAAAUAUCAAUGGUAUCUUUCUUGAUGAAAGACUGACUGCUGCUCAACUCAGAAAGAAGCGUUCAAUAUCAGUAAAUUGUAAGGACUUGCUUGAAAUUGCCCCUGGGACUGAAAGAACGCACUAUCUCAGAUCAGGACGACCUGCAAGAAGUGAGCUUUCUCAGCUUUCACCAGCCUUGAGUGACAAUAGUCAUCCUCUGCUGAAUAGUAAUAGUCAACAGCCGUUGCUUUCACCAACACUGAGUGAAAGAGGGCAUAAUUUACGAACGAGAAGCCAGUUAUGGAAUAAUGUUGUUGAGGAAGAUUCCCUACCCAACAGUCAAUCAGAGAAAAACAAACCUGAUAAACUGGCAGAUAGAGUGGAAAGUCCUGAGAAAGGGGAGAAGUCUGAGAAAGUUGAUUUCAAUGAUAAAUCUGCUGGUCAAGAUGAUUUCACUGCCACUGCAGCUCCUCAAGAAGAGGAGACUGAAGAAGAAGUGAAAGAAUCCAGGGAACGAGAACUUAGACCUCCUCGCACUCAUAGUAGAAAUCGAUCAAUUAGACGCAAGAGAUUGUCGGCUGAAGAAAAAUUGAUUGAGGACAAUCGAGGGUAUUACAAAGUUGAGGUUUUGAACAGCAAAUUGAGGUCCACUGGAUUCUUUGUCCAGUCAAAUCAUGCAGAUGGAACUGUCAAUGGUCAAUCUAAUGUUCCAAACCGUACUGGGUCACAAGAAGAGAAGGAGCCUGUGGUAGUGAGAUUCAAAAAAGUGAGACGCUCUGAGCUCUCUGUUCUCAGUGAUGAAGCGGAAAACUUCAUGUUUGGUGAACAAACCAGAAGUGAAACUAAUUCUGAGAAUUCAACAGAGUCUGAUGAAGAUGAAGAAGAAGGAGAAGAAGAGGAGGAGGAGGAAGAAGAUGGAGGUGAAGAUGAUGAUGAAAGUGGUGGAACUGAUUCCAAUGGACUGAGUGAAAAUGGCAUGGAUAGCAGUCGCAGUAGGAGCAGCCAAAGGAAUGGUAGGAGAAGUAGUAGUGGUCGUCGUGGCAGAGAUCAACCGCAUCGCAUACGGCUUAGGGUUGGAAGUGAUGGUAACUACAAACGUUGUAGUGCUGGAGAAAGUGGUAGUUCAAGUCAACUAAAUAGUUCUGACACCAACGGUUACCGUAAAUCCCGCAAGCGUCGUACCCAAGCUGAAGCCUUUAUUAACGACAACGCUGAUUAUUACAAAUUUGAGCUGGCAGGUUCACGACUUCGUGUUCAUGGGUCUCCAUCAGCUUCUGGGGAAAAUGACGACCCUGCAACCUCAGAAAAGGUCAAGGUUCCUGUUAUUGAAGAAUUGGUGUUUAAAGAAAUUGUUGAUGGGACACCAUGUCCUGUGGAUGAUCUUCAUUUCUCCUUUGAGUCUGUUCCUAGCUCAGAGGUUUGGUUCCAUACUUUUCAAAGACAAGAUAAAGGUGAUGAGCUAAUUUUCCCUGCUGUAAGUGAACCAAGUUCUGUAAUUCUCCCAUAUCAAUUGCCUCGAAGGGACAUGGGCAUUGGGCAGCGUUCAAUUGGUAAAAGAAGAAGUAAAAAUUCAGUACGCCUGCCUAGAAAGUCUCCUCGGUGUCAUGCAUCAACACUUGCCAUCCUCUCAAGUGUUGUUAAACGCCGUAGUAGUAAGGAACCAGAGGCGGCUGUUGCUGCUGAGGUUGUUCCUAGUGAACUAAUUGAUCCUGAGACAAAGAGUGCCACCGUCAAACCACCUCAGUCUGGCACACAGGCUCCUGCCGCCGCCGCUGCUACUGCUGCUGUUACUGCUGCCGCCGCCGCUGUUGCUGCUGAGGCACCUAGCAAUGCAGAUCACAUUACUGGAGAAGAGGAAAUCCAAGAAAUAGCUAGAAAUAUCGAUUCUAUGCUUGGCCUUGUCCCUGUUUUAUCAAGUGACAUAGAAAAGGAGCAGGAUGUUAGUCAGUCUAAGCCAUAUAUUAAAGGCCGAAGUCGUAAGAAACAACCAGUGAAACCCAUCUCAUCUAAUGAACAAAGUGUCCCAGAGUGUGUGUCAGAAAGUGAUAGGGAUAGAGACCCUUCUCUUCACUAUUUAAUUGAUCCAGCAAUUCUAGAUGAGUUGUCAUGCACCUGUGAUGUUCUUUCUGACCCCAGAGGGGGGCCUACCAUGGAUUUCCUCAGUCUCCUGGACAGUUAUUCUGAUUGUUGCUGUACUGUUGAGGACUCAUCUACCGAUCGUGGAGUAGAUGCAUCUUGCAAUAGUUCUGAGUGCGGGACCUCAUCCACCUGUGAAGCUGACAGGCGGUUGAAGAAGAAACGCAAACGUAGAAACAUGACUGGAUGGGAUAAACCAAAGCGCAGGUGUAUAUUGCGAAGAGAUGUUCUUGGUGCUGUGCCUGAAGAAGUAGAUAUUCUUAAAGAACAAUCUAGUAAAGAUAGCUUAGAAGAACCAGACUCAACACUUGCCUCUCCUGACAGUGAAUCAAGUGUUUCAAAGGUUCCGAACAGUAUUUCUUCUCCACCAAGCUUUCAGAGAAAGUGUGGAAUUAAACGGAAACUUCGUAGUUCUCUUUCUAUAACAGACUCUUCUCGCAAAAGCAGUGUUUCUGGACAACCUCGAAUAAAUGUGAUCAAAAUCGAGAAAGAUGGUGAAGUAUCAGUUCCUUCAAAAAAGGGAAAGUCCAGAAAAGUUCGUAGAAUAGGUUGGUCCAAGGCCAGAUGAAGCCUGUGUCAUAGAUAUUACUCCAUUUUGUGUUCAGUAGUAUGUCUGUGAAUGCCCCUAUCUGCCACCUAGUCUUGAAGCUUUGAUGUAACUGCCAGUUUCAACUUUUUAAUUCAUUGUUAAACAUCUGUUAGGUACAACCUAAAUAAAUACCUUCCCUUUUUUUUUUUUAGAUGAAUAUUUUAGGGAAAGUUACUUGUUACAGUCAUUCUCAUAAUAUUGAUUUUAUUAAAUUUUAUCAACCCAAAGAACAGCAGCAAUCCUGUCUCUUGUCAGUUCUGUAAGUAGUAAAUGUUUUGUAAAUGUGUUUAUAUGUCAUUUUUAAAAGAAAUUUUAUAUAAUUGAAUUGUUUCCAAAUUUUAAUUUCAUUUAUUCUCUCCAGCAUUUGUAUGCUGUGGUUUUGUAUGAUAGCUCAAGUGUACUGUAGUUGGUGAAUGUGUUAUGCUGGUCUAUCUGUUAGGCAUACUCUUCCAUGUAUUCCAACUUGUGUGUGCUGAUUUUUGCCAUUAAACAAACAUUGAAUGUAAGUUUUUGGUACAGAUAAUAAGUUGAGUGACCAGUCUGAGAUUUUUGUGUAGGUAAUACAUUAUGUGUGAGGAGCAAUAAAAUUACUACAAUACUAUUAAUCGUCAGGUAGAUUAAAUUUUUUAAUCCUCCUAAAUGUGUAAUGCAGGUUCCUCCCUUAAAAUCUUAUCUAUGUUCAAUAUCAUAUCAACUAAAUGCUACGUAAUGCUCCUGAUGAUCUCCUAAUCUUUACGUAUUGUAAAUCUGUAAGGCUUUGACAGCAUUUAGCCCUGUACAAUUUGAUUCAGUCUCUUUCAUUGCCUUAACAUUUAAGGAAAUGAUAGACGUGGUGUAUGUAUGAAGCAUUCAGAACUCUACUGAACUUUUAAAAGGAAAGUAGAAUUAAUGCUGUGACCUGAUGGUUAUUCAGAAUUCAUUUCUUUUACAUUAAGGUUCAUUGUAGUUCUAUAUCAUUUUGCAUCUUACCCAUUUUCUUUUUAGUCGCUUAGUACCACUCACGGUGACUAUAUAGAAAUUUCUUCUAUGGUUCAGAUAUCAAAAAAAUUUCAGUUGUAUUGUGAUUGUAUCAGAAUCUCCUUAUACAGCUAUACCAUGUGUCUGUUCACAUGAGUCUUAUCUGAAACUUCUUUUUUUGUGUUCUGUUUUAUCAUCAAAUACAUACAUUACUACUUUUCCUUAUUUUUUCAAGGCAAAUUGCAUCCUAACUGUUUGGUUGUUAAUAAAUAAUUCUCAUGACUGAACAUGCAGAGUCUGAUCCUGUGACCAACAUCAGUAAUUAAAGAUGAAGGCUAGCUGUUAUUGUGUGUUCAUAUACCUGCCAAGGAGUUCCAUUAUUACAUGUGAAAUAAACAAAAAGGAAGUUCUACAUGCAUUUUUUGUGUUGCUGACUUCUUUUUGAUUUGUCAAUCAGUUAUAUUUUUUUUCAUUUUAAAGAAAUGCUUUUAAUUUCUUUUGUUUGAAAUGCUGUUAACUCUUUUAAAAUCAUCAUAGAACUUCAAAUUAAAAUUUGCAUCUUCAGGAACAUUGUGAACAAGCAUUUUAGUACAUAAGCUUGAAGUUUCUGUUACCCACAUCCAUGUGUGUUUUUGCUCUGAUUUUCCAUCAGGCGCAUUAUCGAAGACUGUUUGGGCAAAUGAGCAAGUUUUGUCCUGGCCAUAUGUUAGAAUGCAGAAGCUUUUUGGUUGAUAGCUAUUAAUCAAUAAAAUACGAUCCUCUUUUUCUCUGUAGAAUUUAACCUGUUACUGCAGUUCACAAAAAUGUAAAAAUUUUACAUCAAUCCAAUAGUGAGCGUAAUUUUGUUGUAGACUGCCAAGUAUCAUGUUCAGUUGAACUAGAUUCUAUUUUGUUUAGGAACUUGGCCAGGACUUUGGAUUUGUCUUGCCAUCUUUCUAAAGAAUACUGCCAUUAAUUUAGAAAACUCUGGGCACUAAAAUGCACAGAUGUCCACUCGCGAUAUUACCGAGUCUUAAUUUAAGUUUGUUACUUGUAAGGGUUUUAAAAUUAACCUAAAUUUGUAAUUAUAUUGUGAAUCACAUUUGAUGUUGCCUAUAUUAUGGGGAAAAUUUGUAAGUAAUAUAUAUUUUUCAAAGGAGACAAUGUCUGUAACGUGCAGCAGUCAAGAAAUUGUAUUGUUGGAGAGAAAAUACAGUUUUUGUUCCACCUGAUGA